CGGGAGCCUGAGCGGCGGCGGCGGCGGCCGCGGAAGCCGCGGGGAGCGCGGGGGCGGCCCGUAGCGCCCGGGGUCCCCCGCGCCCCGCUCGGUCGCCGCGCUCCGAAGAUGGUGGCGGCGCCGUGCGCUCGGAGGCUGGCCCGGCGCUCGCACUCGGCGCUGCUCGCGGCGCUCACCGUGCUGCUGCUGCAGACGCUGGUCGUGUGGAAUUUCAGCAGCCUCGACUCCGGGGCCGGGGAACGCCGCGGGGGUGCAGCGGUCGGUGGCGCGGAGCAGCCACCCCCGGCCCCGCGCCGCGAGCGCCGGGACCUGCCCGCCGAGCCGGCUGCAGCCCGAGGAGGAGGCGGCGGAGGCGGAGGCGGAGGAGGACGGGGGCCGCCGGCGCGGGCGCGAGGAGGCGGCCCCGGAGCACCCCGCGCGCAGCAGCCGGCCAGCCGAGGGGCACUGGCCGCGCGGGCGCUGGCCGCACAACCAAGCCCUGUGAUCACCCUGGAGGCCCAGGAUGGCUACUUCUCUCACCGGCCAAAAGAGAAAGUGCGAACAGACAGCAACAAUGAGAACUCUGUACCCAAGGAUUUUGAGAACGUGGACAACAGCAACUUCGCACCCAGGACUCAAAAGCAAAAGCACCAGCCCGAGUUGACGAAGAAGCCCCCGAGAGGACACAAGGAGCUUCUGAAGAGGAAGCUGGGGCAGGAGGAGAAGGGGAAGGGGCACCUGUCCCCAGGGAAAGGUGCCAACGAGGUGCUGCCUCCUGGUGCGAGAGCCCCGGUCAACGGCAGCCGAGGGAAGGAUGCCCCCAGACAGCCCCACGCCCGGAAGAGUGGGGGCAGCUCCCCCGAGAUCAAGUCUGACCGGCCCCUCAAGUGUGACAUCUCGGGUAAGGAGGCCAUCUCCGCCCUGUCCCGCUCCAAGUCCAAGCACUGCCGCCAGGAGAUCGGGGAGACCUACUGCCGCCACAAGCUUGGGCUACUGAUGCCCGAGAAGGUCACUCGGUUCUGCCCCCUCGAAGGCAAAGCCAACAAGAACAUUCAGUGGGAUGAGGAUUCGGUGGAGUAUAUGCUGGCCAACCGGGUCAGAAUCGCCUUUGUCCUGGUGGUCCACGGCCGCGCCUCUCGGCAGCUGCAGCGCAUGUUCAAGGCCAUCUACCACAAAGACCACUUCUACUACAUCCAUGUGGACAAGCGCUCUAAUUACCUGCAUCGCCAAGUGCUCCAGUUCGCCAGGCAGUACAGCAACGUUCGCGUCACCCCCUGGAGGAUGGCCACCAUCUGGGGGGGAGCCAGCCUGCUGUCCACGUACCUGCAGAGCAUGCGGGACCUCCUGGAGAUGACCGACUGGCCCUGGGACUUCUUCAUCAACCUCAGCGCUGCUGACUACCCCAUCAGGACAAAUGACCAGCUGGUGGCAUUUCUCUCCCGAUACCGAGAUAUGAAUUUCUUGAAGUCACACGGCCGGGACAAUGCCAGGUUCAUCCGGAAACAGGGCCUGGACCGGCUCUUUCUGGAGUGUGAUGCCCACAUGUGGCGCCUGGGGGACCGGCGGAUCCCAGAGGGCAUUGCCGUGGAUGGCGGCUCAGAUUGGUUCCUGCUAAACCGGAAGUUUGUUGAGUAUGUGACGUUCUCCACAGACGAUCUGGUGACCAAAAUGAAGCAAUUCUACUCCUACACCCUGCUUCCUGCAGAGUCCUUCUUCCACACGGUCCUGGAGAACAGUCCCCACUGCGACACCAUGGUGGACAACAACCUGCGCAUCACCAACUGGAACCGCAAGCUGGGCUGCAAGUGCCAGUACAAGCACAUCGUGGACUGGUGCGGCUGCUCCCCCAACGACUUCAAGCCGCAGGACUUUCACCGCUUCCAGCAGACAGCCCGGCCCACCUUCUUUGCCCGCAAGUUCGAAGCUGUGGUGAAUCAGGAAAUCAUUGGGCAGCUGGACUAUUACCUGUAUGGGAACUACCCCGCGGGCACCCCGGGCCUCCGCGCGUACUGGGAGAAUGUCUACGAUGAGCCUGACGGCAUCCACAGCCUGAACGACGUGACACUGACCUUGUAUCAUUCCUUCUCCCGCCUGGGCCUCCGCCGGGCAGAGCUGUUGCUGCACGACGCCGGGGAGAACAGCUGCAGGUACUAUCCAAUGGGCCACCCAGCCUCUGUCCACCUCUACUUCCUUGCUGACCGUUUCCAGGGCUUUCUGAUCAAGCAUCAUGCUACCAAUCUGGCCGUGAGCAAACUUGAGACCCUGGAGACAUGGGUGAUGCCAAAGAAAGUCUUCAAGAUCGCCAGCCCACCCAGCGACUUUGGGAGGCUUCAGUUUUCUGAGGUCGGCACUGACUGGGAUGCCAAGGAGCGGCUCUUUCGCAACUUUGGGGGUCUCCUGGGGCCCAUGGAUGAGCCAGUAGGCAUGCAGAAAUGGGGGAAGGGCCCCAACGUGACUGUGACUGUCGUCUGGGUGGAUCCCGUCAACAUCAUCGCAGCCACCUACGACAUCCUGAUUGAGUCCACUGCCGAAUUCACCCACUACAAGCCCCCUUUGAACUUGCCCCUGAGGCCUGGGGUCUGGACAGUGAAAAUUCUCCACCACUGGGUGCCAGUCGCAGAAACCAAAUUCCUCGUCGCGCCUCUGACCUUCUCAAACAGGCAGCCCAUCAAACCGGAGGAGGCAUUGAGGCUGCACAACGGGCCCCUCCGCAGCGCCUACAUGGAGCAGAGCUUCCAGAGCCUGAACCCCGUCCUCAGUCUGCCCAUCAACCCCGCCCAGGUGGAGCUGGCUCGGAGGAACGCCGCGUCCGCCGGCGCCGCACUGGAGCGCUGGCUGGACUCGCUGGUGGGCGGGAUGUGGACCGCCAUGGACAUCUGUGCCACAGGCCCCACCGUCUGCCCAGUCAUGCAGACCUGCAGCCAGACGGCCUGGAGCUCCUUCAGCCCUGACCCCAAGUCAGAGCUGGGCGCAGUCAAACCCGACGGCCGGCUCAGGUAGCACUGGGCACGUGGGGGCCCCAGCGGAUCUCAAAGGGGAAGCAGCCAGAGGGCCAGUGGGAGCCGGACCCUGGGCUCCCACCCCCGAGGGGGGUGCCUUUUGGGAGCGGGGCUCUCCUGGCCAUCGAGUGACGGGAGGGAAGGUUUGGAGGCCGAAGCAGGUUCUGCCAGCCACCUGCACCCAGCAGGCCGCCUCCCGGGGGUGGGGACGGCUCAGUCCCAGCACCGUGGUGGUCUUACCUCUUCUGAUUGAUCCUCGAGUGCUACAGGUUCCUUGUCUUCCCCCUCAAUGACCUGACCCCCCACCCCACCCCGCCCAGACAAGUGAUUCCAAAACUUUUAUUUUGAGCAGCAGAGCUUUGUUUACUAAGUUGUAGGCGGAGGGAGGUCCAGGGUGAGGAUGAAAUCCAGGCUGCUCUGGUUGAAGCUGCGAGUGUGAGAUUCUUUCUCAAAGCUCAGCCCACCGGGCAGUCCCUUCCCAAGGGCAUCUCCUAAGGUACCUCUUCAGAACCCAAGGGCUCUGCAAAACCUAGUUUGAAAAGCACUGCCCAGAGGGUGGGUUUGAUCUCCAGCCCCGCCCUUCAGCUCCUCUGGGCCAGGAAACCCUUGUGCCAGCCCUGAAGUGACAGGACACUAAAGUCACGCUCUCGUGGGCCCGUCCCCAGGGAGGUAGCGGGCUUGGCAGGGCCUCCCACCAGCCCUUCUCAGGUUCAGCCAUCCUCCUUUGUAACUAGAUGAGCCAGAGAGCCUUCUGAUGUGCCAUGGCCAAGGUCCACCCAAACUGUGACUGCCAGACAUCCUGGGCUCCAGGCCACCCUCCUUCGAGGCAGAAAUUGGGCGAUGCUCAUGAGCGUGAGGGUCAAACCCCCAGCCGUUCACGGGCGAGGAGAUCAAGACCAUGACCCCUCUGGGCCUUGACAGUGGGAACUCUGGGGACCAUGGCCAUGAAACUCAUAGAGAUCCUUGGGAGCAAAACUCCUGAGCUGGUCAGCACAGCAAUACCUGUCAGUCACGUGCUUGAGCCCUUUGUUCUGAGGUCAGGCGUUUGGAACAUUUGUGAAUCGCACAUUCGGUGCUGCUGGGAGCGACCAAACUGCAUGGAACAGACUUUUCACGGCCAGGAAAAAGCAUUUUAGAUUUAGUUUUUAAAUUCAUGCCCUUUCUUAUCCAAGGUGCCAACAGGCCCAUCUGACACACAGUGUAAAAGUGGGAAGCUUGAGUAUCUGGUUGUUUGAAACCUAAAGAACAGUGUUAUUCAAAUUGCUUGAGUUACUAGAAACGCAAAGGGUUUCCUUGCCAUGUGUACAUCGGAGGGCUGCCCUGCUCAUCCGGAGACCCCUCCUCCGCUGGUCCCACCCUCCCCCCAAGGACAGGGUUCUCUUGGAAAAGUCCUUCCCACGGAGAGCUGGUCCUUGGCGAUUCGCCUCCAGUGUGGGUUUGAAGGUACCGCCGUUUGCUCCCAGUGACCUGUCAGCUGUCGCCCCCUACUCACACCCCCAGCCCAGCAAGGCAGAAUGUCCUAUGGGCCAUGGAGGAUAUAGAGAAGGGACACUUUAGAUAUUUAUUAUUUAUAUGUUUUGGUCAAUGACUAAUUAGUAGGUGCUGUUUUUGCAGCUUGUCAAUUACAUUAUCUUACUAACUGGAGCUGCCUUUAUUCACGAAAGGCCCCCUCCCCCCACCCUUCCACUCCCUCCCCCUCUCAUCCCCCAGCCCCUCAUGUCUGUCUCUUUCUGUCUCUCUGCUGCUUUAUCUAUCUAUCUAUCUGUCAUCUCUGUCUCUGCCCUGCGUUCUCCGUGUCCUCAGUGGGAAGCAGGGGACUUGGACACCAUGAGGAGAACGCCUCAACCAGCAUCAUCCACUGGCCAGAAGUGGGGUGUCCUUGGGAACAGUGGCGCCUCGCUCUUCCUCAUGCAGGGUGUUAGCGUGACUCAGCCCUGCGGCUCUGGGGGUGUUGGAAUUCCUGAGCCAUCCCCGCCACCCGCCCCCAGCACAGGGACGCAACAGGCCAGCGACUUGCGGAGGGAGGCUGUGCCGGCUGCAGAACCUGGGGCGUCCCCGCUUCCUCCAUCACUGCCCUCCCGCAGCCAGUCUAACCGUGGGCCUCCAUGUGAGGGAAAGCAGGCUCCCUCCACGCCCUGGAGGAAAAGAUAUCUAUUUUAGGAAGAUGGUAGGGGGUCAGACCCGGCCAGGAGAGCCCAGGAGCUGGCCCAGUGUUUCCAGGGACCUCGGCGUACCUCGGCGUGGCUUUCUCAGAAAGCCCACAUGAGCUCCACAUGGGUUCGCAAGUUCUGUGGGAGCCAAGAGGCCCGUGUCACAUCCACUUUCUGCCCCCGGCCUCUGCCUCUGGCCAGGGCCUCCCUGAGCCUGUGGAAGCUGCCCGGGGAGCCGCCCUUUCACCCUUCUCGCCACUAGGGCCCUGUGUGUCAUUUGUGAUGGUUUGGGGGGCUCUGCCCUGGCACGUCCCUGCGCACCCAUGAGCCUGCAGACUCCUCGACGGGGCCCCACCUGCACCCUGACAUUGCUGACUCCUGUUCCAUCUGGGAACAAGUGGAGAAAUGGCAGAGCUGGCUUACUCUGGGGACGGCCCCCACCCCCACGGCCCAGGCCCCAUUCCCUCCUCACCGCCAGGAGACUGGGAAGCUCAGGGGCCUCAUGGGAUGUCCCUCAACAUCCUCUGUUUUUGAACCAGAGAAUCACUUCGAAGAUGUUACAUUUGGCUUUAAGGAAAAAAGGGAGAAUUUCAAACAAAGCCCAGGAUGAUUUGAGCAAAGGUGAUGUUUUCCCAGGAGAAAUAGUUUAACUCAGUUUUGUAAUCUACCUGAGGAUGAUUUAUUAGUUAGAGGCCAUUGGUCAGGCAACCUUGAGCUGUGGCUGCCUGAGGGUUUCAAAACCUGAGAACAUGGUCUCUGGAAAUCCUAUUAAAGAAACAACGUGACUGUGGGCUGAGUCACUGACCAGGUCCUCGGACUUCAGGAGGGCUUAGAGGUGGGACGUGGGCUUGGGGGAGAAGGACUCAUUGAAUAAGCUGUGACACUCUGUCCAAUUUCCCAUUCACCCCUGUGACAUUCAGGUGGAAACCACGCUCAGGAGGCAGGCAGCCUUCCUGAGUCCCGCUUCCCCGGCCAUGUGCAAGGCAGUCUGUCUCCAAGGAGGGCACGAGCAGUUCCUAGGACCCCCCCAUGUUCUCAGAAGUGCAGAUGCUCCUCCCUUUGGAGAAAGGCCGUUCUGAUCUCAUCAGGAAUCAUUCCGACUUCAUUUGCCAUUGUUAGUUUAACUUUCAAAAUGCCAGUGGAGUUGAGAAGGAAUGAGCACGCCACCCCAAAAGGGCAGAUUACAGCUGCUCUGGGCACAUGCCGGGACUGGGGGGGGACCAUGCUUCCUUCCGGUUCUCCAGUUUGCAGGUGCAAGGAGGAUGCUGGCUGGAACCCUGAUCUCUUUGCCAAGAGGGUGCAGGGGAAAGGAGGGCGGUAGCUGCUGGGUGUGGGGCCUGAGCAAAGAUCCCUUUCGUAGCCAAGUUCACUGGGGACUCAGGACACGCUCCUCCAGCAGCACCCAAGGGGGCUGUGCUAGAAACAGCUGUUGGCAAACACCUGCCAGAUCGAAGCCACACCCUCUGGCAGGGGUUACAAGUGGCUGUAGGGUCCAGAACACUAGCAUAGAGGAGUGACGCCGUUGGUGUAAGACGUUAGGGAGUGGGGGGUACUGUAGUCUAGUCUGCAGUGUGCACAUGACACAGACAAAAAACUACAGCUGCAUCUCAGCUCCAGCCUGAGGUACACGUGAGAAUACGGGCACAGUGCAGCAGAAUCAUCUAAUCUGGUAAGGGAAGCCAGAAAUCCAUAUUUUUAUAGGAAAUAUGAUUUUGAAAUGUUGCCAUUUUUUUUCUUUCCAGAGUGUAGGCAAAGAGAAACCUCACAGUUCAGCCUGUGCACUGCCAGAAAACUCUGCUCUCUGGAGACAUGGUUUGAAAGGAAGCUAGGCUUGUCCCGGUGGGGGAGGAAAACGGCACCACUAGGAAGGGGCAAAAAACUAACAGCUCAUGUCCAGCUCUGAAGGGAAUGGGGACCUCUUACUAGUCAUUCCCAUCCCAAAGAAACGGUCCCUCAGAGGAGAAGUGUCUCAUAACUGGCGUGUUCAGCUCUCCUGGUCUCAAGACAGUUUGUACUGAAGGGAAGAUGGCACAGAAUUUGCAGACCCCAAGAGCUGACCCUUAGACGUACGGAGGUCCACAUUGGCCUGGUCCCCGCCUUCCAGAAUUCCAUCCUACCAGGCGGAGAGGUCCAGGAUGUGUUUCAGGAGGAGGGGUUGGCGUGUCAAACAGCCCGGCUCUCUCCAGAUCCCACGUUUUAGCAGCCAUCUUGCCACAUGUCCGGAAACAUCUUUGGAAGCCGUGCUCACGGGAGGUCCCCUGUGCUUCUGCCUCACUUACCUUACUAUGCCCAUGGGUCAACCACAGGCGCUACCUCAUGUGUCUGCUGAGAAGUUUACCGCGGGGGGGGGGGGGGGGGGGGAUAAAGGUGUCCAAAAUCUGCUGGAGCUAAAUGCAUAAUCUAUGCAAAUUCUGUCUUUCUCUUUCUUUCUCUCUCGCUCUCUCAGAAGUAUUACUUUUUUUACCUGGCAAACAAGAUACUGUACAGACCCCUCUUAAGACUGAGGAGGGCUUUCACGUGCCACCUGUGUCUGCCCCUCACGUUGUCAUUGGUUCUGUCCUUGCCAAGCCCCAGGCAGCGAGAAAGCAGCCCUCUGUCGCCCUCCCCUUGGCUGGGAACACUCCAGCCGCCUCUGCCUACACACCCCGCAGGAAAGCAGGUUCUGCACCUUGCCACCUCCGUUCCCAGCUCCAUCCUCUCCACCCCUCAUUUGCCUCCCUAUCCUUCCCUUCCCCCACCCCCAAAAGCCGUAGGUUUCUCCUUUUUGAAAUGAGGCCUUAAAAUUAUUUUGGGAAAGCUAACCACCCUCCCCCUCCCAUUUCCACCAACAUCCGAGAAGAAAGAGCAUCUUGAAGCUCUCAGGGCAACCUCCUAAGCCAGGGGCUGCCAAUCUGUAGCUUGCAGAUGUGAUAGAAAUGGCUUCUCUGUGUCGUCUUGAAGAAAAAUUUUCUGUUUUUCCUAUGGGUAAAAUGAAGGCUUGGGUGCUCAUCUAAACCUCAACCAACUCCCGAAGCACUCUCCUAGAGCAUAUCGCCACUGCGAUGGGCUGCCGACGUGGGCUUUCCAGCCCUCCCCCGCCCCCCAAAACUUGGUGACUUUAGGUACUUCAUUCAUGGGUAAAUCAGGAGAGUUUCUCAAUUUAUCUCUUCAUCCUUCCUGCCUGGAAAGUGAUAGCAUUAAAUAGUCCCAGCGGAUGGGUCAUGUUCUCAAAGGGAUCACACUCUACCUACUUUCAGAAUCCCCCCAUUUCCCUGCCGUCGCUCCAGGGCUGAUGGAGGCCAAAGACAACCCCAGGGUUUUCAUAGGAAAUUCACUGGAAUUGAGCGCAAUCGUCUUUGUCGUCCUU